ACUAAUGGCUUUAAAACCAAGUCCCAAACUUCCUUCCCCAAAAGUAAGAAUUCUUAAAGCGACCAAGACGAAAAGGAAAGCCUGAAGCUUUGAGCUACAGAGAAAAAUGGGGAUUUCCGAUUACAUCUCCGGGACAACCGAUUCGCUGAAACGGAACGCUCCGGGUCUAACUGCCGUCAAAAACGUGUGCUCCACAGCUUACGGUUACGGGUCGGGUGCCGUUACCCAAAUCGACAACGCCGUCAGGGGUAGCUUGAACCAUUAUUUGGGGGACGCGGAAGGCCGGGCCAAGAUCGUCCGGUUCAGCUCCAGCAUCGCUAAACACACAGCGUUGGAGAGCCUCAAAACCGUCCCAGGUUACAAAAUUGUUAAGAGAUCAAUCAGUGACUUAAAUGAGUCCGAUAAACAAGAAGAGAAUGUGAAGGCAACGCAGGCUGAUCUACACAGAUUGAAGAAAGAGUUAAGUGAAUACAAGAAAGUACAUGAGCUAGCAGUGGUUAUGAAGGCAUUGCAGGCCGAUGUACUCAGAUUGGAGAAAGAACUCAGCGAAUACAGGAAAUCACACGAGCAAGUUCAGCUAGAUAAGCCAAGUGCGGAUUUGAAGUCACCAAACACAGCCAACAUUCAUUCAGUUGCCAAUCAGAAAGCAGAAGACGUGAUCAGAGUCUUUAUGAUGAAGGAGUUACUGGGCAGGCAAUUUUUGGAUGAUCUAAUUGCUUUUCGCGGGUCACCUACAAAGAAGUAGAAAAGUGUCAGGUACUAAGUGGAUAAUAUAAGUGGAGCGAUGAUCGUUAUCUGUCAUGAAUAUUUGCCUUGUUUGAAGCUUUGUGAAUAGGUUUGCUUGCUCUGUGUGAUGAUUCCCUCUGUGUGCUUCGGCAUCCGUUUUGUAACUUUUGUUUGGGGUCUCGCCCUAGACUUGAGAUGUGGUCCAUUGGAUGUGGCGCAUUCGAGAUGAUAUGUGCUGCUAAUGUACUAGUAAGAAAGCAGCCUUUUGCAUUGUCAAAUCCAGUGGCCCUGUUUGUAAA